UUCAUCCUCUCCUGCAUCAGUGCAGUGUCGUGUUUUCUCGGGAGCGCACGAGCGCUCUAUUCUGUGCCACUUCACAAACCUUAACAGGUGGGACGAAAACACAGCUUCUUGGAUCUGAACGGGGAAAGUUGAAACAAACAAAUUGUCACCAAGGACGUUCAAGGAAUACCUGCUAAAAUGUCUCGAGCCUCGGAGGACGUGAACAAACUCACCGAGAGCACAUACAAGAAUGUGAUGGAACAGUUCAACCCAGGACUGCGGAAUCUGGUUAACCUGGGGAAGAACUAUGAGAAAUCAGUUGCAGCAAUGACCUUUGCCGGAAAGGCAUAUUUUGAUGCACUCUCAAAAAUAGGGGAAAGUGCUGCUGUUUCGCCUGUUUCUAGGGAGCUGGGAGUGGUGUUAAUGGAGAUUUCUGAAGUGCACAAGAAUGCCCAAUUGGAGAUGGAGGAGUCUUUCAAGAGGUUCCACAAAGAGCUCAUUGCUGAACUGGAAAAGAAAACUGACAUGGAUACCAAGUACAUGAAUGCCACUUUUAAAAGAUACCAGUCAGAACACAAAUUGAAGCAAGACUUCCUGGACAAAUCACAGGCUGACCUGAAGAAACUACGAAGAAAAAGUCAAGGGAAACAUUCGUCCAAAUACGAGAUCAAAGAAAAUGAGUGCAUGGAGACCAUCUCAUCCCGGCAGACAGACAUGCAGAGGUUUAUUGCAGAUGGAUGUAAGGAGGCUUUGCUAGAAGAGAAAAGGAGGUUUUGUUUCCUGGUGGACAAACACUGUGCCCUUUCUUAUCAACUAUCAGCCUUCCAUGACAAGGCCAAGGAGAUGCUGACCGUCAAACUGCCCACCUGGCAAGAUAAGUGCAAUGAUGCCACCAGAGUGCCAGACACCGUGAUAUCCAUGAUUGAGGGUCUGCAGACUUCAAUGUCAGUCAUUCCAGAGUCCUCGCCUACAUUGGAACGCAGUGACAGGACCAAUUCCGGUUCAAUUGUUCCACCGCCAGCCCCAUCACUAAAAGCCCACACGAGCCCACUAGCCAGCAUGUUCUCCCAGGAAGCUCCCAAAAGCCCCAUCUCAUUAGAGCAGUAUUCAGAUCAGGACAGUCUAGACGAAAACGGCCUGUCUAGGUCUACGUCAGUGUCUAGCGGCAUGGACACGGCGAAGAAGACCAGGGUGCAAACUAUCUUCCCACACACAGCAGGGAAUAACGAAACCCUGCUGAGCUUUGAUGACGGAGACAUCAUUAUUUUGCUUAUCCAGGAAGAGCGGGAUGGAUGGCUUUAUGGAGAACUUGAACAUACCGGACAACGGGGAUGGUUUCCCUCAUCUUAUUGCCGGUCUUACGAUGAGACAACAAUUUCAAACAGCAGAAUGGAGAGCCCGUUUAGUAGCCAUAUUGAUCUUCCAGAGCAGCAGGAGGAAGACGAGGAGGUCGAGGAGCCCGUUCUGCUGCCCCCGCCUGACUACAGUGACUCAUCUAGGGACAGACCCAUCAAGCCCUCCACCCCCUCUCCACAGAGCACGGUGUCUUUGGCAAAUGGUCACUCAAUGCCUCCUUUCCUUGGGGGUGGGAAUCCAUUUGCCACGGUCAGGCUACGACCCACAGUCACAAAUGACAGAUCUGCACCGAUCAUAUGAUGAGACUGCAUGCUGAAGUUUCUCCAAAGGUUUUGUCUAUAUCAACACAUUGCAGAUAUGACAGAAGAACCAAAUGAAAGGGUUCUGUUACACAUCAGUUUUAAUCUUAGACAUUUUGAUAAAUGCAAACCAGCUCAUUUAAAGAAGGCGUUAUUUAUGAGAAUUUUAGUCUUUGAUUUAAAUUAUUUUAAAUUGUAACUAGAUUGAGUUUCCUAGAGAAUGCACAGCACCAGACAGGCUUUUUUCUGACCAUAUUGGUCCUAUUUCUUGGGCCUUGUAAAGGUGAAAUGAAAUCCCAAAAUGUAUAUUUUAAUUAGAAACCAAAUCAUGUUUCUUUUCCUAAAGGAUUCAGUGAAGUAGUGUGAGGUUUGCCAGUUGCCAAAUCGUUUUCAGUCUGUUUUGUCAUACAGUUUUAAAAUGCUGAUGUAUUCCUCAUCCUUCAUGCCUUUUGCUUGUUUAUAGGAUGACGAUGUAAAUACACUUAGUUAAGUAGUUUAUUCCUCGAGUUUGUGUGCUGAUAACAUUCCUAUUAGCUGCACAGUCAACUGGACAUCGAUUCAAACUCAUGAGCAUUCUUCACUAUGGAAUAGAAAUACUUUGGUUCUAAAGAAAUAAAUACAGAUUUUAUUAUUUUUACAAGUCUUGUAAGGUUGUGUACAUCUUAUGCCUUUGCAAGCAUGUUAUUAUAUAUGAAAAACCAUAUUUUUAUCUUAUUUUUGUUGCAAUAUUGAUUCAUUGCCCGAUUUCCACUCACAUCACAUUAUUUAGAAAUAAAGAUAUGUAUAUCUAUAUGAACAUGUUUUGAAUUUGUUUUUCAUAAUUUACUGUUAUUCUGCCAAUGCUCUGUUCCAUUAUUGAUUUCUUUGUCAGUAGUUGCAUUGUUAUUAUUUUUCUUGUUCGCAGAAUAAAAGUGAAUAACUUGAA